UUGUUGUUUAUCUGGGUAGAUCGACUAUGGUUAAUCGUUUUUUACUGUAUUUUGUUGUUUAAUUUAGAGAUGGAGUCUUUUGGUGUAAUAGUAGUCAGCUAGUUUUGCCUAAAAGAUAAUUACGUUAGCACAAUACACUAAAACCGACACUAUAUAGAGGCGGUGGAACAUCUCUUACGUCACCAUGGAGGCUGUUAAGUCGUUUAACGAUGAGUUGUCCGGCAUAUAUGAAACAAAACCUCCCAUUUCGAGAGCGAAAAUGGCGCUGCUUACAAAGAAAGCAAUUAAAGGCAUCAAGUUUUAUAAACACAUUGUACAAAGUGUAGAAAAGUUUGUGCAAAAGUGUCGGCCAGAGUACAAAGUACCAGGAUUAUAUGUAAUUGAUUCGGUCGUGCGCCAAUCUCGGCAUCAAUUUGGUGCUGAAAAAGAUGUCUUCAUGCCAAGACUAUGCAAGAAUAUUAUCACUACAUUUCAGCAUAUUUAUAAAUGUCCAUCAGAAGACAAGCCACGAAUUCUACGAGUGCUGAACCUGUGGCAAAAGAAUUCUGUUUUUCCUCAAGAAAUCGUGCAACAGUUAAUGGUAAUGGGAGGUGCUCCAUCUCCACCAUCUAACUCAACACAGUCAGAGUCAAACUCUGCAGCGAAACCUGCAGCACCAGAUGCAGCGAACCUCACGAACAUCCUUACUCAUCUUUUAUCAAAUCCUGACACAAGCCAAAUACAAAACCUCGCUGGUUUGUUGUCAAGAUCACAACAAAGCCAACUUGAUGAUCUGCUUCACCAAAUAAAAGCACCAGAACCACCAGGUAAAGAUGAAAUCAAAGAAGAAGUUGAAGUAAUAGAAGAAACAGUGUUCCAGCAACCUCCUCUAAACAACCAACCCCCCUUUCUACACCAACCCCCCUUCUUACACACUGAACAAGACAAUAAACCGCCUGCAUUUAACCGCGAUGUGUUAGAUUUCGAUUACAGCGAUGAUGAGAAGACGCCACCCAUGCCCCCUGGCAAUCAACCACGUCGAGAACCCGCAGCUCUCAAUCAUAAUCAGCGUAAUCAAUUUGACCCAACCACCAUACCCAACCUACCAACCCCCAACCAGUUGCAGCAAUUAACAGCAAAUGGGGGGUUACAUCACCCACCCCAAAGACCCCCAAUUCACCCACCCCCCCAACUCCAACAACCCCCAUUCCAACCCAACCACCAACCUCCGGACAUGGAUCGCAUGAGAAGGUUAGAAGCCGAACAAGAAAACUUCAACCAUCAGCUUGAACAAAUGUCCUCUGAGAGAGGAAACCGAGAUCCUUUUCGUGGUCCGGAUGCAAAAAGACGAAGAUCAAGAUCCCGUGAUCGUCAGCGAGACCGCCCUCGAUCUCGACAUUCCCGUGAAAGAUCUCACAGAUCACGAAGAUCUCGUUCACGCUCACGUGAUAGAAGUCGGCGCUCACGAAGGUCAAAGUCUUUAGAGCGUAAAGAAAAGAAAGGAAUGGUCCCACAGAAAGAGGGAUCAAUAAGUGUAUUGACAACCACUUUGUGGAUUGGGAACAUUUCAUCCAAGGUUUUACAACACGAGUUAAAGGCUUUGGUUGGUGAAUAUGGUGAAGUGGAAAGCGUGAAUAUGAUACCACCGCGUGGUUGUGCUUAUAUUUGUAUGAAACAACGUGCUGAUGCGAGUCGUGCUAUCGGGAAAAUACGGCAUCAACGUCUCGCUGGCAAGUCGCUUAAGUGUGAUUGGGCUCCAAGUAAAGAGAUGCCGGAAGAACACAAGUCAACCUGGGUGAAAGAACAUGGGGUUAACUACAUACCCAUCUCCGAUCAACCAGGGCAGAUGAAAGAGUUGUUGACAUGGGGAUUUAUUGACCCAGAGUCGUUAUCUGAAGAGAAAAAAGCCGAACUUGUGGCUGCUCAAAACCCUGAAACUGAAGAGGAAGAAAUGAUUGAAACUCCGCAGAUGGGUCAACAAGUGUUACCAGGGUUUAACCCCACCUUUGUAUCCGCCCCUGGUAUGGUACCCAUGGGGCAACCCAUGAUGGUGAGACCAGGAUUCCCUGUUAACCCGUUCCAAGUUCCCCACCAACUUGGUUUUCACCAACAACAACCUCCUCAAAUACGUCCCGAGCACUCGCAAAUGGAGGUGAAACCCCCGGAAAAAGAGGGAGCUAUGACCCCAACAAGGGACGAGCAGGGUGAAGCCCUACAACAACAACAAGCAAUGCCGCAAUUCCAAGCCCCAUUUGGUGGGGUUCCCAUGGCUCAACGAUUCCAACGUCCAAUGCAUCUUCCACAGCUACAGAUAAGAAUGAUGCCAGGAAUGGGGCAACAACUGAUGCAACCCCGAAUGGGGGUCAUGCCAAUCAGGAUGGGUUUCCCGAUGCAACUUCGCCCCGGGUUUCACCCCAACAUGGGUGCGAGGAUGCCUAUGCAAGGGGGUACCCCUCAAAUGAUGCAAAACCCCAUGCAGCAGCAAAUGGCAGCGCAUGUUCGACCAAUGGGGGGAUUCCCUGGUCAGAUACCGAUGUUACGACCCACAGUGACUGAACCUCACGUUCCAACGACGAGUGGAAUCAACCCAAUGUUUGAAGGUAUCAGACAAGGGGAACCACCCACAUCUGGAAUAAGCAAGCCGGCUGAAACGGAUUUAAACCCGAACCCCACAACCCCAACUGCCACUAUUGCCCCUGCUCGAGAAAUGGGACUUCCCCCGUCCAGAGAAGAUGAGGAGGCAAGAAAUCCUGAGCGAGGACCAAGCAGGGGUGGCAUGGAUAGAGGACCCCCACGCGAUUUCGAUCGUGGCUCUUCAAGGGGCAUGAGGAGGAGCCCACCUCGUGAUAUGGAUCGAAGAUCGCGAGAUAUGGACCGUGAUAGAAGAUCACGUGAUUCAAGGAGGUCACCGCCUCGUGAAUAUGACAGAUCACGUGACAGAUAUCGUGACCGAAGGGAUUUUGAUAGGAGGGACAUGGAUAGAGGAUCAAGAGGUCGAGAUCGUCGUGAUGACAGAGAUUGGGGUCCUCCGCGUGGAGGUUUCAGAGGAAGAGGAGGAUUUGGGGGUGAUCGAGGCCGACGGGGCUUUGAUAGGGGGUUUUCAAGAGGUGGUAGAGGUCGAGGUGGCUGGGGUCGUCCGGACUCUCGAAGAUCACCAGAGAUUGAUCCUGAAGAGGAAGAGUACCAGAGACAAAGGAGAGAGAAGUUAAAGAAGAGACAUGAGGAAGAAGAUGAAUAUGUCACGGAGAAAAUCGAUUUUAGUUCGUUCGGUUUGCCCAGUGGGUUUGGUGGGGCAUUAGAAGAUGGUCAAGGCCCACCUGAAUCUAAUGAAGAUGAUAAAGAUAAACCGGAAUCCAAUUCAGAUGGCAAAGAUGAAGCAUGCGAUGAUGGGAACAGACCUCCAAAUCCAAGCAAUACUGAUAAUAUUAAAGAAGAAGUUCCAGCUGCUACAUUGCACGAUGAGAAUAUCAGUAACUCAAACGAAUAUGAAAGUACGAACACAGAAGAAAAUAAUCCCAACAAAGGUUCUGUAAAACAAGAAUAUGUUACCCCAUCACAAUCAAUUGACAAUUUUAAAACUGCCAAUCAGACCGCUGUAAAAACAGAAUACACCAAUCAAGAACCAGAAAACCAAACUGAAUUUUCAAAUGAAAUUGUGCCCAAGUUCGAAAGCAUUCAACCAGAACAAAUCAAUGAACCAGAACCAACAACAGAGACACCAUAUAAAGAUGAAAUAGAAGCUCCCCAGCCAGGCGUCCCGCUGUCUCCGAAGCAGGAACCUAAUGUGAGAAACUGUAGCCCAGGCACUCCUACAAACGAUGAAUGUAUUUCUGAAUCUAAAGAUAAUAUUCAGGAUGGACUUAAUUCUGAUGAAAUGUGAAGUUUCCAUAUCAUGCAGAGGUUUUUAAAGCUCAAUAAAGUUUAGGUAAUUUUCUAAACUUGUAGUGUACAUAUUACUGAUGAGCGAUGCCAAAGCAAAAUUGAAGAUCCAUUUAAACCACUCAAGAUAUUAUGUAUAUAUUACUUGGAAAUUGAACAUGCAUCGGAGGCUGCUCCUGCAAGUCCAACAAAUAGUUGGCAACAACAACAAAAAAGUCCAACAAAUCGUUGGCAACAACAACAAAAAAGUCCAACAAAUAGUUGGCAACAACGACACAAGUCCAACAAAUUGUUGGCACCAACCACGAAAAAGUCCAACAAAUAGUUGGCAACAACAACAAAAAGUCCAACAAAUUGUUGGCAAACAGAAGAAAAGCCCAACAAAUAGUUGGCGAAAAUUGAACAAAAGUCCUAACAAAUUGUUGGGGAAAACAAGAACAACAAAAGCCCAACAAAUUGUUGGCAGCAACAGAAAAGAAGAAAGCUAUGAUGCUUCUCAAUGGAGAUUGAAAUUUCUUUUAGCAUUGGUCGACAAUAUUUGUAAAUGUACUCUUGUACCUAUGUACAGUCUUGCUAUUGGUGUGAUUUAGUUUUCAAAUCCUUGUGUAUGAGCCUAAAUAGAAAUUGUACUAUAGUGAGCCUGUACAUAUAGCUUUGUUUUGCAUGCUUAUUAGUUGUAUCUUUGAAAAGUUGGUAAUUCCUCAUGUGUUGGAAGGGAAGCUAUGUUCAGUGAAUUGUCUAAUUGCAAUAUGCUAAUAAUUUGCUUAAUAAAGUGUAUAUAGAAGUAGAAAA